AUGAAAUUAAAUUUAGUUUUAUCAACUUUGAUCGCAGCUACUGCUGUAUCAGCCAAACCAAUCUAUCAAUUUGGUAGUGCAGCCACUAAUGUGUCAGGAAAUGGUACUGAACCUUUACCAAGCAAUGGUAACAACACAAACGGUACUCAUGCCAACAACACAAAUGGUACUGGUGGACCUAUCCCAGGUGGUUCCAUCUCUACCGGUGGUACUAAAUUAAAAGUCAUUAUCACCGGUGGUGACGUGCCAAUUAAUGCCUUAUCAAGUGUCAGCGAUAUCGACAUUGAAGUUUUGUUCAACUCUACUGACGUUUUGAACAUCACCGAAUUAUAUUCCGUCGCUAACUCCACAAACGUCGCCCUAGACAGUGAUGAAUACAAAGGUGCCGUUAUUAUCGGUAACAGCAACUCUUUGGAAUCACUAGGUUUCUUUGAAAGUAUUGUCAUUGACAGUCCAAAGGCUGUCGUCGUUUCCGACAACAUUUGGCAAGGUGUUAUUGUCGCUAACAGCAGCGACAUCUCUGGCAUGGACCCAGUAGUUGCUGCAUUCGGUGACAAAUUAAUCUACUCUGGUGUAUUUGCACCAAAUGUUGAUUACACUGGUGUCGCAAAGGAUACUGGUAUUCCAUUGGGUAUUUGUAACUAUGCUGGUAAAGAAGCAGUUUGGUUCUUUAACGACACAGACACCAACUUACUUGGCUACGAUUCAAUAAUUAGAAACAACUUCCCACAAUUUUCAGCUCCUAGUAUGGGUGGUAACAGCAGUACACCAAUAGUUCCAAUUGUCUACGGAGGUGACUUGCCAACUAGCUUAUUAUCCAGCUUGGGCAGUUUUGUACAAGGUUUGGUCGUUAUCUCCAAUGGACCAGCUGGCAAUUUGACAUUGACUAAUUCUCCAGUCCCAAUUGUUUACGCCAAGAGCGGUGACUCUAUUUCAUAUAUUGGUGAAGACGAAGUCCCAGCCGGUGCUAUUUCCGCAGGAUACUUGUCACCAAAGAAAGCUCAAAUCUUGUUAGAGAUUUCCCUAAUUAAUGGAGUAUCUUCAUCUUCCGAUUUAUCUGAAAUUUUUCCAUAG